UCUUUCUUUGUCUCUUUCUUUCCUUUUGGUUUCUUUUUUCCUUUCUUUUUCUUCCUUUUUUUUCCUUUUUCUUUCUUUCUUCGUUUUUCUUCCUUCCUUUCUCUCUCUCUCUCUCUCUUUGUUUCUUUCUCUUUUUCUCUCUUUGUUUCUUUCUCUUUUUCUCUCUGUCUCUCUUUCUCUCUCUGUCUCUCUCUUUUUCUCUCUCUCUCUUUUUCUUUCUUUCUCUCUUUCUUUUUCUUUCUUUCUCUCACUUCUCUGCAGUGUACUUUCCCCAGCCAGUGGUCUUCCCUACCGCUGAUUCCUAACGUUGUACAGGAUGACUUACACAUCCUGCCCUAACAGUCGACUAAUACCCGGGUUUGAAUUACUAUUGAAUAAGCAGCAAUGAAAUCCCUAUCAAAAUAAUCAGUAGUUCCAAAAACCACAAACAACAAAACAAGCGGCAUUGCACUAGCUCAGCAAGCCCGCCUGCAGCACCGGGGCCGGUGAGUCAUUUCUCUUUUCCCUCCCUCAGCAACCUCCAUGGCUGCCUCGCGCAGCCCCGGGGAGGGCAGGUGGAGUGGGUAGGGCAUGACUUCAGAAAGUUAAAAAAAAAAAAAAAAAAAAAGAAAGUAAGUCGACAUCACUCGGGUCACGUGACACGGAGGGACCAAUGGAGGCAGGUUAUGGAAAGGGGAACAGUUAAAUUUGUAAUUUUGGUUGUGUGAAACACUUCUUUGGGCCUCAUAAACAACCACAGAACCACAAGUUGGGUACAGAGGCAGUCACACAAGAGCGGGUCCGGGAUAUUGGUCAGCAGGCAGGGCGAAUCGUUUUGACUGCAAACCACAGAGUUUCGUAGAGUGGUAGAAGAAAUCAUAUAUUCCUUCACUGUAAAGAGAGAGUGACUUUUAAAGAGGAAACAAUGGCUUCAAACAGCAUAUUUGAGUCACUUCCUUCUUACCAGCACUUCUUGAGAGCACAGGAAGGCUCGUUGAGGAAAUUCUGUCCUUCUGAUAAAAUAACAAACAGUGAGCCUCCCGGGGCAGUGCUUGCAGCAUGCCAGGGCACAGCCAGCAGCCGGCGGGACGAGCUGGGGACAGCAGGAGCCAUGCUGCAGGCAGGAGCCCAGAGGGCUGGGGAGUGGCUGCUUGAGGACCAAAGGCCGAUCCUCUCUUGUCCAGAUACCAGCACCAGCCGCCGCUUCACGCCGCCCUCCACCACGCUGAGCCCGGGGAAGAUGAGCGAGCCGCUGCCGCUGCCCGGCGCCGAGCACAGCGGCGCCCUGGCGGGGAAGCUGCGCAGCGCCGACCGCAGCAUGGUGGAGGUCCUGGCGGAUCACCCCGGGGAGCUGGUGCGCACCGACAGCCCCAACUUCCUCUGCUCCGUGCUGCCCACCCACUGGCGCUGCAACAAGACGCUGCCCAUCGCCUUCAAGGUGGUGGCCUUGGGAGACGUGCCCGAUGGGACGCUGGUGACGGUAAUGGCUGGAAAUGAUGAAAACUACUCCGCAGAACUCAGAAAUGCAACAGCUGCCAUGAAAAACCAAGUAGCAAGGUUCAACGACCUCAGAUUUGUGGGUAGAAGUGGAAGAGGGAAAAGCUUCACGCUGACCAUCACAGUCUUCACGAACCCUCCACAAGUAGCCACGUACCACAGAGCCAUCAAGAUAACGGUGGAUGGACCUCGUGAACCCAGAAGACAUCGUCAGAAACUAGAUGAGCAGACAAAGCCCGGGAGCUUGUCCUUUUCAGAGCGCCUGAGUGAACUGGAGCAGUUGCGUCGUACGGCCAUGAGGGUCAGCCCACACCACCCAGCCCCCACACCCAACCCACGAGCCUCCUUGAACCACACCACUGCUUUUAACCCUCAGCCUCAGAGUCAGAUUCAGGACACGAGGCAAGUACAGCCGUCUCCGCCGUGGUCCUACGACCAGUCCUAUCAGUACCUGGGCUCCAUCGCUACCCCCUCGGUGCACCCUGCCACGCCGAUAUCACCCGGCAGGGCCAGCGGCAUGACAUCCCUCACCGCAGAGCUUUCCAGCCGCCUCUCUGGUGCUUCCGAUUUGACGGCAUUCAGUGACCCCAGGGUGGGGAUCGACCGCUCCUUCUCCGCGCUCCCUUCCAUUUCAGAUCCUCGGAUGCACUACCCGGGAGCGUUCACCUACACGCCGACGCCCGUCAGUUCGGGGAUAGGAAUCGGUAUGUCUGCCAUGUCCACGGCCACGAGAUACCACACUUAUCUCCCGCCUCCGUACCCCGGCUCCUCUCAGGCCCAAGGCAGCCCGUUCCAGACCAGCUCACCCUCGUACCACCUCUACUACGGAACCUCGGCUGGGUCCUAUCAGUUCUCCAUGAUCUCAGGGGGAGACCGGUCUCCCCCACGCAUCCACCCUCCUUGCACCAAUGCUUCCACGGGAUCAACACUCCUCAACCCCAACCUUCCCAACCAAAGCGAUGUGGUUGAGGCAGAAGGGAGCCACAGCAACUCCCCGACUAACAUGGGCACCACAGCAAGGCUAGAGGAAGCGGUGUGGCGACCAUACUGAAUGCAUUUUAAGUAGUCAUGGGCCAGGACUAAUGUGCUUUCGAUAUACCGAUGCCCGUAGGUAUCCCAUAAACACCUGUCUUGCUUGUGGGCCCUGCCAUGUUCAUACAUCACUUCCAGAAGCAAACUCUCCAGAAGUCAGCGCUCCCAGGAGCGGUGGCGUGUGUUGGCCAGCCAGCUGUGGGGCUGGAGAAGCAGCGUCACGCCAACAAGGUACCCUCUCGGGGGGCUGAGCUUCUGGAAAGGAGGACGUUCAGGUUGGUGGCCUGUAGGUAGUGAGGGUGGGUAGGAAGAUACCCGUUUUGUUUCCAGGCCCGUGGCUUUCAAACGUGCCCGGGCUUGAAGGUCUCCACAGCCCUAAAGAGUUUCAGUUCACUUCUAUUUUUAAGACUUAAGACCUAAAAGAAUCUUAGUGAGUUUACUGCAUCUUACGGACAUAUUAACUAUAAGGAAGUAUAGGAAGAUUCCCAGAGGGAAACUGUGAACGCUUCUGUUUUAGCAAUGCUGUGAAUGAGAGGUUUUAUAUGUUGGACUUCACCCAUUCUUUUUUUUUUUUAACCAUGUUGUAUAUUCCAAAGAAUACGGAAUUUUUUAUUGCUGUUUUUUUUGUUUUGUUUUGGGUUCUUUUGUUGUUUUUGUUUUUGGUUUUUUUUGGAUGCAACUCAUCCUGCUUUGCAUCUAAUUUGUUUUAUUUCUCUUGGCACCUUAUAAAUUGCAAAAAAAAAAAAAAGAUUUUACUUUUUUUUGUUGUUUUAAUCAUGCUUGCUUCUUUCUUGCUUUGUCAACUGAAAGAAUCAGCCCUUUUUCAAUAAGUUAAUUUAACUUUUUUCUCUUGGACUUUUUUUUUUUUU